AUGGAAGCUCUCUGUUAUCCAUCUCAUAACACAAUAAGGAGCCAUGCUGAAGCAAAUGAGAAUCAAACUUCCGACCCCGAAGUUCGAAACUCUUUAAAGCAAGAGCGGCUUCUACGCCUUCAUGAUCGAUUGCAGGACCAAUCUGCGGCUCGGCAUGCAUUUGACAAGGCUGCUAAGAAAUUUUUAAAGGACAUUGCAGUUUUAGAAUUGGAAAUUGCCUACUUGGAGAACCAUCUGCUCUUGUUGUACAGAAAAACUUUCAAUCGACGAUUCUUGUGUUUGAAGACCAUAGAGGAGAAUCCGAAACCAACUUCAGUGGCGCAAAAAGAAACGUUUACUGAGGUUCCGGAAGAUGAUAUUAUGUCAGAUAAAGAAAAUCCACCAAAGGAAUGCAUUGAUGUUUGGGGCACUAAGAGACUGUUAGAUUCUAGCAUUGUUCGGAGCCAUUCUUCACUCUCUCGGGGAUCGGCGUAUUCGGUUACUUCUCCACAAAAGAAUGUAGAUAAAGCUAAUGCUCAGACAAAUACCUCGAAUGGACUCAGCCUGGUAGACCAUUUCGUUUCCGAUCGUAUUCCCGAAACACCGAACCAGCUUUCCAAGGAGAUGAUCAGGACUAUUUCAACCAUAUAUUGUGAACUUGCAGACCCACCUUUGAAUAACCAUGAUAACUUUUCCUCCCCCAUGUCUUAUUCAUCAUCAGUUGAGGAUAUGUGGAGAACCCCACUGUGUCAGAAAUUCUCAUCCUUCAACUUACAAUUCGAUAACCCUUUUAACAUCGCGAAAUCGAAGGGAUCCAGCUGA